AUGAGCCUCGCAGCGGAGCGAGAGAAGAUCAAGUGGUCCUUUAAUCCUCCCUCCGCGCCCCACUUCGGGGGCCUCUGGGAGGCGGGAGUCAAGACCUUUAAAACCCACCUGCGGCGGACCGUGGGUGAUCAAGUCCUCUCAAUAGAGGAAUUCACGACGGUCCUCGCGCAGGUCGAGGCCGUCUUGAAUUCCAGACCCCUCUGCCCGAUGAGCACCGACCCUGCCGACCUCGAAGUCCUAUCGCCGGGUCACUUCCUCACGAUGGAACCGCUCGUCUCCGUUCCCACUCAAGACGUGACCCCGUUACCGAUGAAUCGGCUGAGUCGGUGGCAACUCGUCCAACGAAUACACCAGGACUUCUGGAAGCGCUGGCAUCAGGAGUAUCUCCAUACGCUGCAACAGCGUCCCAAAUGGUGGACCUCAGUCAACCCGCUCGGUGUCGGUGCGUUAGUCUUCCUCAAGGACGCCAACAUGCCUCCUCUGCGUUGGAGGCGAGGACGAGUGGAGGCGCUGCAUCCGGGCAGCGACGGCGUCCCGCGUGUCGCCACGGUGCGGGUGGCGGACGGCACGAUCACGCGUCCCCUAGUGAAGCUGUGCCCCCUGCCGAUGGGCCCUGCUCCACAGGCGACCGAUUCAAAUUGA